AUGAGUGAAUCCUCUAAACUACUAAAUUAUGAUUCACAAUAUAAUUCAAUCUAUCCCACACCUUCCAUCCAACCGUCCCAACAAGGAUCCGUGGACCUGGAAGAGGAUGAGAAGUUAGAUACUUUUGAUGGGGUAUUUAUACCUACAUCCUUGAAUAUCAUCUCCAUCUUGAUGUUCUUAAGAUUCGGGUUUAUCAUAGGUCAACUUGGGAUAAUUGGAUCUUUUGCAUUGUUAUUACUAAGUUAUAUCAUUAAUUCCUUAACGGUGAUGUCCAUUAGUGCCAUAGCCACCAAUGGUACGGUUAAAGGUGGAGGUACUUAUUAUAUGAUCUCGAGAACUUUAGGUCCUGAAUUUGGUGGGUCUAUUGGAUUAAUCUUCUUCAUAGGUCAAAUUUUAAAUAGUUCUUUGAAUGUUGUUGGGUUUGUGGAACCUUUGCUUGUGAAUUUUGGUAAAAAUGGUGAUUUAUUUAAAGUUUUACCUGUCAGUUAUUACUGGCAAGUGUUAUAUUCCACCAUAUUAUUGGCUAUAUGUACAUGUAUAUCCAUGGUGGGAGCUAAUUUAGUAUCUAAAACAGCUUUGUGGCUUUUCAUUACAUUAACCAUUGCUAUAGUGUCCAUCCCAAUAUCUUCAUUGGUACAUAAGACAUAUUUUUUGGAUGUACCUUAUAAUGUUGGGAUUAGUUUAUCGGUAUUCAAGGAGAAUUUAUGGCCAAAUUUUACUCAAGGAGCUGCAGGUUCAGUUCUUGAAGGCCCUGAAACUUUCAGAGAUUUAUUUGGAAUUUUUUUCCCAGCAACGGCAGGGAUCUUUGCUGGAGCUUCAAUGUCAGGAUCUUUGAAAAAUCCUUCUAAAUCCAUUCCUUUAGGUACUAUUAGAGGUUUGUUCUUAACUUUUGUGUUAUAUGCGGUAGUUAUAAUUUCUAUCGGAGUAUCAAUACCUCGUCAUCUCCUUUAUAAGGAUAUUAAAGUCAUUCAAUCAGUCAAUCUUCAAGGAUAUAUCAUUAUUCUAGGAGAAAUGUCUACAGCUCUUUUUUCCGUGAUCAUGGGGAUUGUGGGUGCUGCUAAUCUAUUAGUAGCUAUUGCUGAUGACAGAAUCAUUCCAGGACUUUCAUUUCUUUCUAUGAAUAAGAAAACUCCAUCACAAAAGAAAAUGGUAGGAGUUUAUUCCAUUCUCGUCACGUGGUUUUUGGCUCAAAUUUUUCUUUUCGCCGAUAUUAAUCAAAUUGCUGUUUUUGUUACCAUGGCAUUCUUAAUGACUUUCAUCAUCACUAAUUUAGCUUGUUUCUUAUUAAAAAUUGGGUCAGCACCAAAUUUCAGACCCAAGUUCAAAUAUUUCAAUUCUCAAACUGCAUUGGCCGGAGUUAUCUCCGCUGUUAUAGCUAUGUUCAUUGUUGAUGGGAUGUCUGCCAGUAUGGUGAUCAUUGUAUUGUUCAGUUUAAUCAUGGUCAUCCAUUAUACCACCCCACCAUCGAAAUUUGGUGAUAUUUCCCAACUUUUAAUUUACCAUCAAGUGAGGAAAUAUCUCCUUCGUUUGAAAGUUAACGUCAACGUCAAGUACUGGAGACCUCAAAUAUUACUUCUUGUUGAUAACCCUCGUACCAGUUGGAAUUUGAUAGGGUUCUGUAACCAUUUGAAGAAAGGUGGUUUAUACAUUUUGGGCCAUGUAGUGAUUUUGAACGACGACACGACUCUGAAAUCGGUUCAUGAAACUGAUAGUGAGUUUAGUAUGCAGGCAUAUAAGGAAGUACAAAAGCAACGUAAAGCUUGGGUGAAGUUAAGAAACAUGUCGAAUGUUAAAGCUUUUGUUCAAAUAGGUUUGGGUCCAACUUUACCUUGGGGUGUUAGAAAUGUUUAUCUUGGAUCUGGUCUUGGAGGUAUGAAACCCAAUAUUACAGUUAUAGGAUUCUAUGAUUUUGUCAAACAUGGACUCAAUUUACCAUUAUCAUCGUUUAAGUCCAAGUCGUCUCAAUUCCAGAAACUCCCUACUGAUGAUUGUAGACAAGAGCAACAGGUUUCGAUAAGUCAAUGGGUACAAGUGAUUGAAGAUUUGAUUAUCAUGCAAUCUUCAGUAGCAGUUGCUGGGAACUUCAAUAGUUUAAACCUUCCAGCUUUUGAUGAAGGGAAACAUCAUUGGUGGUCGCAACCUGAAACUUCAGGUCCUCAAAAAUAUAUUGAUCUUUAUCCUAUCCAAAUGUCUAACUUCAACGUCAUUGAUGGGAAGUCGGUAUUAUCCACCAAUUUUGAUACUUACACGUUAAUCUUACAAUUAGGAUCGAUCUUAUCAACUGUGCCUGAAUGGAAAGCUACUCAUAAAUUGAGGAUUAUAGUAUUUGUAGAACACGAAUCAGAGAUUGAAGAUGAAAAGUCAAGGGUCAAUAAUCUUCUUUCAACUUUAAGAAUUGAUGCUGAAAUCAAACCAGUUUGUCUUGAUAGUGGACUUUUGAAUGCUUAUAAUUAUAUCGUUAAAGGGUACAAUAAGACAUCAACUAACAAACUCGAUUAUGAUAAGAUUGAUAAAGUGUUAAGAACUGAACAAUGGUGGAAGAAUCUUCAAAGUACCAGAGAUACUUUGAAGGAGUUAGAGAAACUGAAAUUACGUAAAAAGAACGUUUCCAUCAACCCUGAAUUGAUGCCUUUAGGUUUGAAUCGUUCCAUGACUGUCAAAAGUAAUGAAGAACGGACUAGAAGACGUAGGGAUACAAUCUCCAAUUUACACGAUAAAGGAUUAUCCUUGAGUUUCAAUCUUAAAGGAGGGUUAAUGCCUAAAGAUAUAGAUUCCAGUCUGGACCUGGAAACUGAAGAUGAAGUUCUUGAUUCGAGUUUGGACUUAGAUGCUUCACAAGAGAACCUUGUAAUCCCUGAACCAAGACCUCAGCCAUCAAUUGCAUCUAUCAGAGAUAAGAAACGACUCAUGGUUGAUUCAGAUCAAAUAUCUGUGAAAUCUUCAAGAUCAAAUUUGAAACCAAAUUUCAUGUCCGUCAAAACUCCACAAGCUCAAUUAGUCCCUGAUAAUGAUGAUGAAGUUGUUAAUGAGGAUGAUGAUGACGAUGAUGAUGCUAAACCUUCAAUCACUUUCAUUGAUGAUGAAUAUCUUUCGACUCCAAAUGAAAAGGCUGAAGAUGAUUAUUUCAGUUUACCAGUGGAUAAGAAGAAGAAACUUAAGAACCAACGUAGUGCCUUAAGUUCCCCAUCAAUCAUCACUAAUGAUGAUGGGAUCAUCCAUCAAUUAAGAACACCUAAAUUCUUAGCUGAUGAUGGCGAGGGAGAAGUUCCUUCAUUAAACUCCAGUUCCAUUAAUUUACCUGCGUUAAGAAAAUCAUCUCAAGCUAAUCAAAGAUCGGGGGUUUAUAAGAAACCAUCUGUCCCACCGACAACUGAAGAAAUCUCUCCUAAACAAUUGGCUGAACAAUUGAAAGAUCUUUCAUUUGAUGAAAUCCCAGCUAAAGGUCAACAUCUCAUACUUAACGAAUUGAUGAAAUUACAUUCACCUAAAGAAACUACCGAUGUUAUCUUAUCAACCUUACCUGCCCCUUCAUUAAAUACUCAUUUAGAUAAUGAUGAAUCGUUUGAUUAUGUAAACAAUCUAGCUAUUUGGUUAGAUGAUUUAGUACCUACGAUUUUAUUCAACUCACAAACGGUGACAGUGACCACCGAGUUAUAG